AUGGCCCCCAAGACCCUCCUCGUCGCCCUCGGCGCCGCGAACCUCGCCUCCGCCCACUUCGGCCUCACCUACCCUGAGUGGCGCGCCGACACCCUCAAGCCAACCAACGUGACGGGCUUCUCGCAGUGGACAUACCCAUGCGCCGGCGUCCCCUAUGGUGCGGGCAAUGUCACCGACUGGCCCCUCGACGGCGGCGCCGUCGAGCUGGACCUGCACCAUGACUGGACCUACGUCUUCAUCAACCUCGGCCUCGAGGCCAACGGCAACGUCUCGACGCACAACAUCACCCUGACCCCUCAGUUCUGGAACGCCACCGGCUCUGGCACCCUCUGCGUCGAGAAGCUGGCCCUGCCCACGCCCGCCCAGGACGGCCAGCGCGCCAGUCUGCAGGUCAUCACCGUCGGUGACUCGGGAGCCGGCCUGUACAACUGCGCCGACAUCCGCUUCACGUCCAACGCCACGAACCCCUCGUCGGAGCAGUGCAAGACCGAGGGCGUCUCGGUCUACACGGUCAAGGAGCAGAGCGCCAACGGCACCAUCGAAGGCGGCGCCGGCAACAGCACCGGCAACUCGACUGGCGGCAACGGCGGCUCCAGCGGUGCGGCCGGCAGCGGCGUACACAUGCUCGCGCUGACGACCUUCGUCGGUCUUAGCUUCGUCUUCGCCUUUGGCAUGAGAUUGUAA